AUGAAGUAGCUUCAAAAUAGCAGCUCCGGAUUUGAACGUUUCAGCGAAUAUACGAGUCUUAUGAUUCUGUCAUGUAACAGCCGCUUCAACACUAGUUAACUAAAAGCCACAGAAGACACAGCGUGGUCUGUUUUAAUUAAUCGCUUUGUUCUGACACCAAAGUGUUAGCUACCGGCUCAUGCUAGCUAACGUCGAGCUAAUAUCAACAUCUAUGAAACUCCGUCACACCGACCCGAAGACAUGCACAGUUAAGUUAUACAAGUUUCAAUGGAUAAAAAGCGAGCCUCGCCUUUCGUCCUGCUUUAGUUGUUCCCCAGAAACAGCGUCACAAAAGGCCUUAAAUCAAACACAAACAGAUGAAGUCUGGUCCAGCGGCAUUUAAAUCAUGGAUGACUCCAACAGAGAGGUUCUGAUGUCGGACUCAGAUAAAUGCUACGUCUGCCUGAGUCCCUUUGAGAAGCAAACGGUGGCCUCUCUGGACAGCUGCCGGCAUGUCUUCUGUCUGGACUGUAUCCUCCAGUGGUCCCAGACGGCCAACACCUGCCCAGUGGAUCGGGUCAGUUUUGCUUUCAUUUACCAGAGAGCGAGGCCUGGGGGGGACGUCCAGGAGGAGAUCAGAGUGAGUCCACGGAAACAGGAUGAUGAUGAUGAUGAUGAAGAGGAAGAGACCCUUGCUGUUUUCUGUGAGGAAUGUGGACGCAGCGACCGGAGGCCCCAGAUGCUGGUGUGCAUGUGCUGUGAUUCAGGGUAG